CCACCUGCCGCAGAAGACCAUCCAUCCAUCCCCAACCUCUCGACCCGGGCCGGCACGCCCACCGCACAGCAGCCAAGCACAGGUGUCCAGUGCCCCGCCAACCUGCCACCUCCACCCCACGCACCCUCCAUUACGCGACGGGCGACCUGACCUUUCCAGAACGACCCGUCCCCCCCGCAGGCCGCAGCUCACUGUCCGUGGCCGUCAGGGAACCAAAGCCACUCGCCGCGAUUCGCCACGCAUUGCCAGCCGCUCAAGCCACGGUAACUCCCCCCAUGAUCUACCCGGGAACUGGAUCGCAGCUUGGCUAAUUGAAGCAUCAGACCUCCCGCGCUCCUUCCCUCCGCGCACCAUUUGACGAGAUCUCAAGCGCACCAGCCCAUGCGCAGAUCAAUUGGGGAGGAUAAGUGGCACCACCAUGGCCAUGGGCACGAGGAGCAGGCAUCCCAAAUCGUUAGCCCUGCGCUGCUAUGCAGCAAGCCACCGCUCCCUGACCCUGCUGGUUUGGAGUCUGGCGGCGCUGGUCAUCCUUCUGAAUUUCCAUCUCCUGACCACCGGCACCCAUAGGGAGGACUUGAGCAGCAGGGCGCACGAGAUACACCGGUCGAUCGUGAGGGAGCUGGAGGAGGUCGAGGAGGAGAUGUUCCAGGUGAAACCCGCCCGGAGCCGAAGGAACCCCCGGGCCGUGCGCCGCAAGGGGGAGCACAGUAAGCCGCACUCCGUGGUGGAUGAGUUCCUGGAUGAGUCCUCUGCGGUGCAUGACAUGUUCUUCCCGGAGACGGCCAUGGAUCCAGUCCAUGGUGGGAAUGACAGCAUGUACUUCUACCACCCGGGAAGGGUGUGGCUCGACACCGACGGCAAGCCGAUCCAAGCUCAUGGAGGAGGUGUGCUGUAUGAUGAGAAGACGGAGACCUAUUACUGGUAUGGAGAGAAUAAGGAUGGCAAGACGUACAAAGCUCACACCAAGGGAGCUGAUCGAGUUGACAUUGUUGGUGUGAGUUGUUAUUCUUCAAAGGACCUAUGGGCAUGGAAAAAUGAAGGAGUUGUCCUCCGUGGUGAGGUAAAGAAUGUGACACAUGACCUCUACAAAUCCAAUGUCCUGGAGAGGCCAAAGGUGAUCUACAACGAUCAGACCAGCAAAUACGUGAUGUGGAUGCACAUAGAUGAUACCAAUUACACCAAAGCAUCAGUUGGCGUGGCUGUUAGCAACUCUCCCACAGGCCCGUUCUCUUACCUCUACAGCAAGCGCCCACACGAUUGCGAAAGCAGAGACAUGACUAUAUUCAAGGAUGACAAUGGGAAGGCCUACCUCAUAUACUCUUCUGAAGACAACAGCGAGCUCCACAUCGGGGAGUUAACCGAUGACUACCUUGAUGUGACCAAUGACAUGAGGAGUUUCCUCAUCGCACAGCAUCGAGAAGCUCCUGCUCUCUUCAAGUUCGAGGGCGUCUACUACAUGAUAACCUCAGGUUGCACAAGCUGGGCACCGAACACUGCACUGGCUCAUGCCGCCACGUCGAUCAUGGGACCCUGGGAGACGCUGGGGAAUCCCUGUGUGGGAGGGAAUGACAUAUUCAGAUCGACGACAUUCUUCUCCCAGAGCACAUUUGUGGUGCCACUUCCAGGCCUAAGAGGUUCAUUCAUCUUCAUGGCUGACCGGUGGAACCCUUCCGAGCUGAGAGACUCGCGGUACGUGUGGCUGCCAUUGACUGUAGGUGGGCUGCCCGAUGAGGCUGCAGACUACAGCUUCAUGUUCCCACUCUGGCCCCGGGUAUCGAUCUACUGGCACCGCCGGUGGAGGCUUCCCGAGGGAUGGACAGAUUCUUGAAACAUUUGAAAUAUCGACAGUGCUAUACAUUUGUUACAUUUGAUAGAUACAGAUUUGUUGACAGUUGACACACAAUGGGGUGUACUGUAUAGAUCAGCUGUAGAUGUUAGCAGAGUUGUAAAAUGGGUAGUUUUGAGAUUGUUCUCAAAUCACACAAUAAUUUACUUGUCCCUA